ACACAUUCCAGUCUCAGUUGUGGUAUAACAGCAAUUGGAUCCAGGAUUUUAUGGACGCUACAUCCUCAUAUUGUCCCGUAUGUGGAUGACCGCAGUAGAGCACGCCACACCUCGCCAGUCAUCAAAUACUCUAGCGGAAAUCCAACGCAUAAAUCUUGAAGGAGCCUUUCCGAGGGAACCAUGAAUGAAAUCAAGUUGAUUUCCGGGACAUCCCAUCCCGAUCUCAGUGCAAAGGUUGCAGACCGGCUUGGCAUCAGUCUGACAAAUACCCUUUGUCAACCCUCUUCCAUUGGGGAAAUUAGCGUCAGUAUCGGAGAGUCGGUCCGAGGUGAUGAUGGUACGCUUCUUUGACGCGGGGUCGAAAACUUCCUCGCUCUUUCCAGCUCCUGAUUAAUGUCUCAAUGAAGUUUAUAUUCUGCAAUCCACCGCUCCUGGAACUGUCAACGAUGGACUCAUGGAGCUACUUAACCUGAUACACGCCUGCCGUACUGCAUCAGCACGGUCUAUUACUGCUGUAAUCCCAAAUUACCCCUACGCACGGCAGGAUAAGAAAGACAAAUCGCGCGCCCCAAUCUCUGCGCGAUUGGUGGCAAAUAUGCUGCAGUCAGCAGGGACUACACAUGUCAUUACCAUGGAUUUGCAUGCCUCGCAAAUUCAGGGCUUCUUCAACGUGCCCGUUGAUAACCUGUUCGCUGAGCCGUGUGUCUUGGAUUGGGUAAAGAGAAACGUUGAUGCUAGUAACUGUGUUAUUGUCUCGCCGGAUGCUGGUGGUGCGAAGCGAGUAGCAAGUUUGGCUGACAGACUAGGGGUUGGCUUUGCUCUCAUUCAUAAAGAACGACCACGACCAAAUGUCGUGGGACGCAUGAUUUUGGUUGGAGACGUUUCCAAUAGAACUGCUAUUCUCAUUGAUGAUAUGGCAGAUACUUGUGGAACACUUGCAAAGGCGGCCUCGACACUUGAAGAGCAUGGCGCAAGAGAAGUUUAUGCCAUUGUGACUCACGGGGUUUUGAGCGGGUCAGCGAUUGAGACGAUCAAUAACUCUUGCCUGUCCGGCUUGGUUGUCACCAAUACUGUUCCAUUGGGCGACAAAAUUGCACGAUGCCCGAAAAUUAAGGUUAUUGAUGUUUCAGGAGUUUUAGCUGAGGCUGUACGAAGAACUCACAACGGCGAAUCCGUUUCAUAUCUAUUCAACAACGUCUCAUAUUGAGCAUCACUCGAGGAUGUGGUUGAGCACGCAUUUCGCUGAUUCGGCUCAGGGAAUCAUAAAAGGUAGCUUGCUAUUUGUCUCAUUAGCGUGCGGAUGCUUUUAGAAUGCACGUACUCAAUCAAUACGGGACCUGAAAUGAUCAGUGGAGCCAAGUAUAGGAAAUUCCUAAAAGGGGUAGCGAAUUGCUUGGGAUUUUGCUCACACGUUCUCGGUACAUUUUACCCAAGCUUCCUUGGUUUUAUACACCGAACAUGUGUGGAAAUGCCAUCGUAAUGAAAGAUCUCGCCUGAUUUAGAUAAG